UGUAAUAGCUGCAACAAGAAAUCCAAGCGGCUGCUCUUCCUCUGCAUCUCUGACUUUUCUUCCUAUCAGCACAGGAUGGAUACUCAAAUUAAGCAUGCCGUGGUGGUGAAAGUAAUGGGAAGGACUGGAUCAAGGGGGCAGGUGACUCAAGUCAGAGUUAAGUUUUUGGAUGACCAGAAUCGGUUCAUCAUGAGGAAUGUGAAGGGACCCGUCAGAGAAGGAGAUGUGCUUACCCUCCUUGAAUCUGAAAGGGAAGCUAGGAGGCUACGUUGAUGGGUGUAUUUCUGCCACUCGUUCCUUGCUUUUUAUGAUGUAGCAAAAGCUGUUUUGUUGUGGUAGCUAAGAGUAAUUUCCAAUGCUUUUUAUGAGGUUUGUCAUCUGGGUUACGUUCUUCAUCAUAACAAUAUCAAGACAUGAAUUUUGAAAUAUGGGUUUUCUUAAAUACUUGACAAAGGCCUAGAGUUUGUUGCGAAUUGUGGUUUCCUUUGUUGGGAUUUUUCAAUACUACUGUCAAUUUGUGUUGCUUGCA